AUAAACAUUUUAGAAACACGCGCGCGUUCUGCCAAGAGUGACACUUGUGAAAAUGCACCCACACUAAAACCUCGUACCGAUUUACGCUGCAUCGAGUUUUUCGGUCAUCGGUUGAAAAAGUAAAAAAAAUGUUGAAAAGUCAAAAGAAGAAGAAGACUCGAUCGUCAAAAAGCAGGUCGCAGUCCAUUGUUAGCAUCUCGAGCGCCGAAAUAUGUCAGGAACCUCCAUCGGCCAAUAACUAUCGGAUUCGGACCUCGAAGACUAUGGGAAGGUACAUGGUGGCGGCGAGAGAGUUUAAGCCCGGUGCCAUAAUUUUGAGCGAGGUCCCGUUGAUUGUCGGACCUUUGGCUAAUUGUGACGUUCAGUGUUUGGGCUGUUACAAGGUUUUAUACGAAAACGGCAAAUAUUACAGAUGUAAGGGUUGCGGUUGGCCCCUAUGCAGUCCGAACUGUCGAGGUCUUAAGCAAACCUUCGGCCAUACAGAAAAGGAAUGUCAAACUUUGUCGAGCACAAAAUCCGGUCGAUUACUGGACUACGCAAACUUCGCCUCAAUGUCGCAGCACUUCAACGCGAUCGCUCCACUCAGAUGUCUUCUUCUGAAGCAGACGAGUCCGAGUCAGCACGCCAUAAUCCAGAGUAUGGAGCCGCACAAUGAGGUGAGGCAGGCGAUUCCGGAGGUUUGGGACGUUAACCAGGCGACGGUGGUGGAUCGGAUAAGGAAGGAUUGGGGAUUGAGUGCGUACAGUGAAGAUGAGAUCCACACGAUUUGUGGAGUUUUAGAGGUGAACGCUUUCGAAAUCGGACAAGGGGGCGCGAGCUUGCGGGGUUUGUAUCCGACCGCAUUUCUCAUGUCGCACGACUGCGUGCCAAACACAAAUCACGUGGACGAAGACAAGGAGUACAGGUUAACGGUGAGGGCAUCGACUGAAAUACACACGGGGCACCCCGUCACGCUUAGCUACGCGCAUACCUUGCACGGCACGAUGCGAAGAAGGGAGCAUCUCAUUGAUAACAAGUUCUUCGAGUGCAACUGCUCCAAGUGUGUCGAUCCCACCGAGCUCGGCACGUACAUGUCGGCGCUUCGGUGUCCCAAAUGUCAAAACGGGUGGGUCAUUUCGAAUGGCCCACUUGACCACGAAGCGAGUUGGUCUUGCAAUAACACCUCGAAGGACCCAUCGCGUAGGUGUCCCGGUUACAAAGUGACAGCGAACUCCAUCAGGCUUCUAGUUGAAAGAAUCACUAGAGAAGUGGACUCCAUCGACUGUAACGAUAUUCAAGCUAUGGAGACCUUUUUGCAAAAGUACAGGAACGUAUUACAUCCUAAUCACUACCUAUGCCUGGGCAUAAAGCUGUCUCUCAGCCAGCUCUACGGCAAAGUGACCGGUUACAUAAUCAACGACCUCCCACCGGAAGCGCUGAACCGAAAGAAAGAAAUCUGCAAGGAGAUCAUGCAAGUUUUCGACGUAAUCGAGCCUGGAUUCACGCGACUGAGAGGUGUCACCCUCUACGAGCUGCACGCGCCCACGAUGAUGCUCACCACGAAGAAUUACGAGGAAGGCAAACUGACAAAGACUGAACUGCGCAAACGUUUGAGGGAAGUUUUGGAUUACCUCGAGGAGGCCGCUUUGAUUUUAGGCUACGAACCGGAGUCGACCUCCGAGCAUAUCAUGGGGGUGGCGGCCAAGGACGCUUUGGGACGAAUACGAAAUUGGGAAACGCUGCUUGGAAAACUAUAAGUACCUGUCACUUGCAAUGUUUUGUUAUUGCUUACGUGUAACGUUUUUUUAAGUAAACCAGUUUGAACAACCAUUUCCAACGA